UGCUGUGCGCAUACUUGGUAGCGUUGGCGAUCGCACGUGUUGGGGGUUAUUGAGGAGUUUCGUGUCGCCGCCGGUUGAGGGACCACCGUGGGGUGCAGUCAUGUUGGUUCUAUUUGAGACAGCGGCUGGAUACGCUAUAUUUAAGGUCUUAGAUGAGAAGAAGCUACAGGAAGUGGACAGUAUAUGGAAGGAAUUUGAAACAGCAGAAAAAGCAAAUAAAAUAGUGAAAUUAAAACAUUUUGAAAAGUUCCAAGACACAACCGAAGCAUUAGCAGCUUCCACGGCAUUGGUUGAGGGGAAAAUUAGCAAAAACCUGAAGAAAGUCCUGAAGAAAAUUGCAGCCAAAGAGGCCCAUGAACAACUGGCAAUUGCGGAUGCCAAACUCGGUGGUGUCAUAAAGGAAAAAACUAACCUCAGUUGCAUCCAUGGUGCAGUAGUCACAGAGCUUAUGAGAGGAAUCCGAAAUCAGAUGGAUGGAUUAAUUACUGGGCUUUCAUCUCGUGAAAUAUCCGCCAUGUCUCUUGGUUUGGCUCACAGUCUCUCUCGUUACAAACUGAAAUUCAGCCCUGACAAAGUGGACACAAUGAUUGUACAAGCCAUCUCUCUUCUAGAUGACCUGGAUAAAGAACUGAACAAUUACAUCAUGCGUUGUAGGGAAUGGUAUGGAUGGCACUUUCCUGAGCUGGGAAAGAUAAUCACUGAUAAUCUGGCUUAUUGCAAGUGUCUUCGUGCUGUAGGUGAUAGAACAAACUUUGCUAGUUUUGACCUUUCAGAGCUGCUUCCAGAGGAGGUAGAAGCUGAUGUUAAAGCAGCUGCUGAAAUCUCUAUGGGAACAGAGGUAUCUGAGGAGGAUAUAAACAAUAUCAUGCACUUGUGUGAUCAGGUUAUAGAGAUCACAGAGUACAGGACACAAUUGUAUGACUAUCUAAAGAACCGUAUGAUGGCAAUUGCUCCCAACCUCACAGUAUUGCUGGGGGAACUGGUUGGAGCAAGACUUAUUGCUCAUGCCGGAUCCCUUCUGAAUUUGGCAAAACAUCCUGCUUCCACAGUGCAGAUAUUGGGAGCAGAGAAAGCUCUUUUCAGAGCCCUAAAGACCAAGAGGGACACACCUAAAUAUGGUCUGAUAUACCAUGCUUCUCUUGUUGGACAGUCUAACCCUAAAUACAAGGGCAAGAUUUCUCGUAUGUUGGCUGCGAAAGCAUCACUUGCCAUCAGAUAUGAUGCUCUUGGCGAGGACACAAAUUGUGAGCUUGGAGUAGACUCUAGAGCGAAAGUGGAGGUGCGGCUACGGCAUCUUGAAGAUAAAGGGUUGAAACGGAUCAGUGGUACUGGGAAGGCGUUGGCCAGAGCAGACAAGUAUCAACACAAAAGUGAAGUGAGGACUUAUGACCCAUCUGGAGACUCAACAUUACCAUCUGUUCCAAAAAAACGCAAAUUUGAAGAAAUGACUGAAGAGGAGGAGGAGAAACCUCAAAUCAAAUUGAAGAAAAUAAAAAAACAAAAAGUAACGGAAGAGGAAGAGCCAGAAGAAGUACCAGAGGAGCCUGAGGAUCCAGAGGAACCACCGACAAAGAAAAAGAAAAAAGACAAGAAGUUAAAGAUAAAAAUAGAAGACAUAAAGGAGGAGGAGGAGGAACCUACUACUAGUACAGCAACAGAGACUCCUAAAAAGAAGAAGAAAAAGAAGAUUAAAGAAGAAGAUGAUUAUUAAAUUAGAAUUUGAAAUUUUAUGAACUGUUAAAAAGUUUGUGCUGGAGGCCUGUCGUCCACCCCAGCAACUUUUAAAGUGUUUCAUUUUUGGAGGCACUUUUCAAUUUUGAAAAUUGAGGAACAUGCUUUGUGGUUUUCUCAUUGUCGGCUAAAGAAAUCAAUGCUAAACUCAUAAUUACUUUAUUUUCCUUAUGUAAAACAUUACUUUUUAUGUUUAUAGAAAAUGUCUACCUCUGUGAGCUGUUUUCUUGCUCUCAGUAAAUCUAAUUUUUAAAGAAA